AUGGAGCUCAAGCUCAAGCCGAAUUCCGAGCUUAUCAACGAUAAUGACAGGUUCAACCUGCUCAUGAAGUUCUUAGCCCGGGGGGCGCGCGAUCAGGCCGCCCACCUCGAGCCUGAGAUGCGCGAAGAACGGCGCACCCGAAACGCUGCUCAAGCCGACUUAUAUCUGCGGAAUAGGACGGCAUAUGAAAAGGCGAAGACCGAUUAUGACGCUCUUUCAGCCGAAGCUAAGGCAGCCGCGAUCGAACCGAUUUGGCCGGAGCCGCAUGUGGAUGAAGAGGUCUAUGAUCAGCCGGUCGAGAAGUUCUGGGCUAUGAUGGAAAAGCUUUAUCAAGAGAAGUCGACGACUCGGAUGGAUGAGUUCCGCUAUUUUGCGCGACGCUCCGAGGAGACUAUCGCUAGUCCGGUACAGCGCAUGCAGGCACUGAAGCAUGCUCUCGACCGCCCCAAGGCGCCCGCUACGGACAGCCGAGGCAUGCCUGAGCGUACCCUGGCGCAGCUCAAGGAGCUCUGGGAGGCUCAUCAUAACCCGAAUGCCUGCAAGGCUGUGAUCGUUCCUGUGCCAAGCGCCCAUGUUGCGCCAGUGCACUCACAACUCACCAAGAGGGUUGUGGACAAGGAUGAAGGGCUCAGAGGACCGUUGUCCAACAUGCCGCUCAGCUUCAUCCCAAAGGACUUCCUGCGCGAGCCGCACAGGCCGCCGCCUGGAAUGAAGACAGUACCUGAGGGUAUGGUUCCUGUCCUUGAGGCUGAGCCGUAUGCGCGCGCUACGCCAGAGCCUGUCCCCACUGAGAUGGUAUCAGUUGAGAUUGGUCCUGGUCCGACCAACGACCAGGCUGUGCUGCCGACCCUUGAGACACCGCCGUCUGCGCCUAACACUGCCACUGAUGACACACUGCCAGCCAACUUCACUGAGCUGCCGGCAGAUGCACCCGCGCGCUAG